UAUUGAAAAGACUACAAAUGUAUGAAUUUAAAUUAACCUUUUAAAUAUUCUGUUUUUUCUUUAAAAAUAUUUGUUAAUAAAUAAUAAUUAUAUGUUUAAGCAAUUCAAAACAUAUCAUUACAAUUUAAUAUUAUUUUAAAUAAUUAUUUCAUUUACAAUGACUAGUGUAUGUCGAAUAUUUUAUCGAAACAUUAAUACACCAUUAUCAAAAAUAAUUACAACAAAAUUAAGAGUAUCUUCAUUAGAAUCUAUUCGGCAUUAUAUUCAUGAUGAACCUCAAAAUACAACCUCAAAACAAGGAGCUUUUGCUGAAUUUUAUCAAAAAACUAAAGAGAAACAACCUAUUGAAGAUGAUCAAGAAUUUGAAGUGUUACUGAGAAAUUCAAAUUUUAUAAAUGUUAAAUUUGUGUACAUUUGUAUUUGUAUAGAUUUUUAUUAUUGUUUUUUUUUUUUUUGUAUAGCUUGGUGAUCCUGUUGGUAAACAAGUGGUUGGUACUAUAUUUCAUGUGGUUGAUAAUGAUUUAUACAUAGAUUUUGGAUGGAAAUUUCAUUGUGUUUGUACACGACCAAUUAAAAACGCUGAGUGAGUAAAAUUAUUUAGAUAACUAACAACUAAGUUUUAUACAAAAUAUAUUACAGUAAAAACCUCACUGUGAAAUUAAGUACAAAAACUAGCUUUAAUUAAAAAUUCAGUAAAUAUGGGAAGUAAAUAAAAUAAUUAGCAUUUCACUUGUCAUUGUUAUGAACACAAUCUAACUAAAACUUUUUAGGUAUAACUACUGAUUACUAGUAAAUUAUGUUUUUAACAGAUUUAAGGUUUUUAAAGUAAUGUAUUUCAUUAAUUAUAAAUUGUAGGUCAAAAAGUUUAAUUCAUUAAAAUUUAGAAAAUAUUCCGAGUUUUUGAUUAGAAAAGAAGUUUAUAAAAUAAAAUUUUUAUCUUUUCUUAAAAAUUCUUUUUGAAAUUUUGUUGAUUUUUUUUAUGUAUAUGUGUAAAUUAUUUUAAUGAAUUUCCGCUAGUUAUAUAAAUACAAACUUAAACAAAUUACUUAAUUUGUUAUAGUAUAUAAUAACAUAAAUAAAUACUAUGAAAUGUUAAACACUUUUCAGUCAUACAAAUGAUGCUCAGAAUAGAAAAGAUUUUGGGCAAUCUAAAAAAAACUAUCAACCACUUAUAAAGAAAACUAAUUUUAAUUGUAUUUUGUUUACAUAGUUCUUAUAUAAGAGGAUCACAAGUAAGAUUAAGAAUCAAAUCCUUAGAAUUAGCUACCAGAUUUUUGGGUUCUGAAAAAGACUUAACCCUACUUGAAGCUGAUGCAACUAUUCUAGGUCUUUACAGAAAAGUAAAGUAUUAAAACAAAUAUUUAAUGCUAUUUUUUAAUGUUUAUAAAAGGAUAAUGUUUAUGUAAUUUGCAAUUUGAAUAUUUAUUCGAUUAGAAUUUUUUUUUUUUUUUUUUGAUAGAUUUAUUGUAAAUCUUUAGUCUUGAUUAUAAAAAAAAUAUAAAAUAAAAUAAUUUCAAUA